AUGCGGUCGCUUGCGAUCGUUUUCUUUUCCUCAUUAAUCAUCGAAGCUGCUCUUGAAGUCGUUCCUGAUAUUGAGGACUACGUUGAAGAUAUUUCUGUGUUCGACUUGGUUCCAACUGUUCUUUCCAGAGCUGGACCAUCUUAUCCUGAUUAUUCACUCCUUCCCCCAUCGUUUUUUGGACCGGCCUUUCCUCCUGGACUACCGGCAGGACUCCCACCCCCGCUUCCAUUCCUAUUUGGACCUCCACCAAAUCCAUUCUUCUUCCCUCCUGAAUUCCAAGGACCGUUAGGAGGACCUCCACUACCGCCUCCGCCUCUUUUUGGUUCACCAUUCUCACCAUUCUUCCAAAAUUCCCCCGGGUCGGUAGGAUUGUCUGGCCCUCCACCCGCUCCUUUCGGACCAGUAGGACCUCCGCCAGCUCUUUUCGCCCCAGCAGUACCUCCUCCAGCUCACUUCGGACCGGCUCACUUCCCUUUCGCAUCCCCUCGCUCAGCCGGAGUUCAACCAUCACCGUUUGGACCUUCAUUCUUUCCACCUCCAGCUUCUUCAGGACCAGUAGCCUUUCCACCGCCUCCUUUCAGACAUCCGUACUUCCUACCUGGAUUCCCUGAAAAAGUACAGCCGCCUCCUUUCCUUCGACCUUCGCCACCUUUACCAAAAUUCCUCAGAAAAGCUUCUAAAGAAGGUCAGCGUGGCUUUUUUGCCAUCCUUGACAACGAAAAAACGAUUUUCGAGCAGAAAAAUGAGCUGAAAAACUGGGCCAAGAAGUAUGAUAUCGAGGUGAGAAGUUUCAACAUAUUUUGCCUAUUCUCAUGCUUCCAGAAAGACUACUCCGAUUUCGUGAGCGAUGUUAUGAGGAAGAAAGCUGAAACUAGCAGGAGUAUCGCCGAGCUUCUGAUCAACUUGCCCGAGGCUCAAAAGGCCUUUGAAAAGGUGUUAGACAACAACGACCAGACACGCGAAGAACAGAGAAAAGCUCUCAAGGAAGUUUCGAAGAAGUUCCAAAAGGUAAAAAAGGAAGAUUUUGAAUAAAGUUACAAAUUUUAGGAAACUCGUUCGCUGUAUCUACUGACUUCUUUGCUCCGCCCACGGCCUCCAAGACGUGAGACUGGCCUAGGAAACCCACAAGCAAUCGAGAAGAUUCUCUUCGACGACGCACUUUUUGAGAAAACCCCACGGCUGCCGAGAAGACCCAUGCGAAAUUCUUCACCAGGACUGAAUUUAGAAGAAUCACGUCCGCAGAAAAAGGAAAGGAAACCGUACAGCAAAGGAAAGCCGUUCUUUGAUGAAAACCAGUUUGGAAGCUUCUUUGACUUCAACAAUCAAGUCCCGCAGUUCGACGAACAUCCAAACCUCUUCGAAAACGAGGAAAUCGUCUGA